AUGAAAAAUCAAAUACUUCAGAGAUGUGGGAAUGUGGAGGAAGCGGAUAAACUGCUCAAGUCUUGGGGGCAGAAUCCCAAAUUGUGUUAUGAUUUUUGGAGGGAUAAUGAAGCAAAAGUUCCAUGGUUUAAAGAGGUGUGGAAAUGUGGUUGUACACCCAAAUAUGCUUUCACCUUGUGGCUUGGCAUUAAAGGCAAGCUACUCACCAGUGACAAAGUGUAUGGGGAUGAUGUUGAUCGUUCUUGCGUUCUUUGUGGUAAGGAAUGUGAGACUAUGGACCAUAUUUUCUUUAAAUGUGAUUUCACCUCAUAUGUUUGGAAUAAUCUGAGAAGGUGGAUGGGGAUAAGGAGAGAUAUGUCUACUUUGAAAGCCGCCCUAAAAUGGUUACACAAGGAGGCUAAAGGCAAUGGGAUGCACUCUGUAGGGAAGAAGAUCUGCUUAGCUACCACAGUGUACUUCAUUUGGCACUUCAGGAACAAGAGGAGGUUUGAUGGCAUGUCUAUUUCUGCCAAUGAUAUGAUCCAGGUGAUCCAGAGACACACUUACAGAACUGUUUUUGAUAGAUAUGGACUCCAUGCUAUUAAGUGA